AUGUCACCGGUUUGGCGGGAACCUACGGCUGUAUGGCCGCCGACAACAUCUAUAAUGUCUUCAUUACUCAGACCCUAUCGCGUACCGUUUAAUCCUACUGUCGACGCAUCGUAUGCAGCCUCUUUGCGCACUGUAUACGUUCCUAGCACUGCAACAACAUUCCUCGAUACUCUCAUCCGAACUGUCUAUCCAUCAUCAUCGGCAAACGUGCACAACACUCCAUUCUCGCGUCUACCAUCAACUAUAGAGCUUGAAACACACGAUUUUUCGCGCGAAGAGCUCGCUGAAAAGAG